CAUGUUGCCAACAGAGCUCUGACUGGCAGACAGACAGACCGAAAGAUAUAGAGACAGAAUACUAAGAAAGAAAGAAAAAGAAACCUGUGUAAAUUCAAGAAGUGAUAGAAAGUGAAUGAGAACAAGGAAAAACAACAAAGGAGAACAAGAAGAUAAAGGAAGGUCUAAAGUAGAGAUCACAAGUGCUAAAGCAGAUCGAGCUCCUCUUCUUCAUCAGUUUACAAGUGUGGUGCGUCUGUCUGUCUGUCUGUCCGAAAACUCUCUUCAUCAUUCAGUGCUCAUGUGAAACAGUAAACGUGUUGCAGCUUGAAAGAGCCCAUCCGUUAGAGAAUCAGUCAGCCCUCACCGUUAGCCUGUUGUUUAUAAACCUAAUAUUUAACCCACCCAUCAUAAUGGCUCCAAAGAAGAAGUCGUCACGCCCUAAAAAGUCCAUGCCUGAACUGACCACAGUUGAGAGUGGAGUACUGGUCCCAGAGCCCGGUAUUAAGAAGCUGGAGGUUCCUAUUAAUAUUGAGCACCUGAAUCGACUCAAUGGGGUUCCCCUGCCACCGCCCAUCAUACGACCUGGGGAGAGGGGUUUUGGCCUGGGCAGCGAACUCACUCGUCCCCUACAUGGAUCUGUUCUGCUUGAGGAGCUGAGCCGAAUGAGGCAGGAACGUUUUCUCACUGACCUGGAGAUGGCCUGUAAAACCAAGGCAUUUGAUGUUCACAAACUAGUAAUUUCCUCGGUCAGCCAAUAUCUUCGUGAAGUUCUGGCCAAGGACCCGGGGCUUAAAAGAUUGGAGCUCCCAACAAUCUCACCUCUCGGACUUGCCAACGUGAUUACAUUUGCUUACCUGGGCCGUGUGCACAUGUCCCUGUACACUAUUGGUUGCACUGUGUCUGCUGCCACCACCCUGCAGAUCCCUCAUCUUCUCCAGAUGUGCAUGGACUUCCUCAUGGCCGAGUUGAAUGUUCACACUUGUGUGUACGUGUGGAACAUCGCUGCAGCAUAUGGCCUGAUGCCCGUCCGUGAGGCUGCCCGCCGCUACAUUAUGGAGAAUUUCGCCCAGUUCUCCGAGACCAGCCAGUUUAACCAGCUCACCCUAGAGCAGAUUACAUCCUUCCUACAAGACGACAACCUGGUCCUUUCCUCAGAGGUCACCACCUUCCAGGUGGUCAUGAAGUGGCUGGACUUUGACCCAAAGAGACAGGAACAUGCUGCAGAGCUGCUGUCUAACGUGCGCUUUGAGACUAUCCCCGCCAGCGAGCUGGUUAGUGAGGUCCAGCCUGUGGCACGUAUGAUGUUGGAUCCUCAGUGUCACCGUCUGCUGGUGGAAGCCAUGAACUACCAUUUGCUGCCCUACCAGCAGAGCACACUGCAGUCACGUCGCACAAAAGUCCGGGGAAGCCAGAGCGCUCUGCUGACAAUCGGGGGUCGCCCUUCACUAACUGAGCGCGCCUUGAGUCGAGAGGUAUUGUGGAGAGAUCCUCGAGAGGGCGUGGCCACGUGGCGUCAUCUUACCCAACUCCCAGCGAAGAGCUUCAACCAGUGUGUGGCUGUGAUGGAUGGAUUCUUAUACGUGGCUGGAGGUGAAGAUCAAAAUGAUGCCCGUAACCAAGCUAAACAUGCUGUUGGAACCUUAAGCAGAUACGAUCCUCGCUUCAACACCUGGCUCCAUCUAACCAGCAUGCGUCAACGACGCACCCAUUUCAGUUUGGUGGCCACCGCUGGGCGGCUGUACGCCAUUGGGGGCCGCAACACUGAUGGUCUUCUAGCGACUAUUGAGAGCUACCAACCCUCUACCAACACUUGGCAGCUCCGUACUCCAAUGGAUGUGCCCCGAUGCUGCCAUGCCAGUGCCGUUCUGCCAUCCGGAGACAUCCUGGUCACCGGUGGCUACGUCAAUUGCGCUUACACUCGCUCGGUCAUCCGUUACAGCAUUGGCAGCGACACCUGGAUCGAGCAGGGAGAGCUUGAGACACCCCGUGGCUGGCACUGCUCCACAACACUAGGGGGCAAGGUGUACGUGGUGGGUGGUAGCCAGCUUGGCCACGGCGGAAUCCGCAUUGAUGUGAUGACCAUGGAGGUUUUCUCCCCUGAUAGUAACCAAUGGACCAGAGCCGCAAGCCUGCCCUUGGGAGUGAGCACAGCUGGUCUGUCUCCACUUGGAGAUCACCUGUACCUGCUGGGCGGUUGGAAUGAAGCAGAGAAGCGUUACAAGUCAGCGGUCCAGCGCUAUGAUCCACCCACUGAUAGCUGGGGGGCUGUGGAAGACCUACCUGAACCUAUAGUGGGAGUGUCGUGCUGUGCCCUGCCCUUGCCCCCGCGCCACAUGACCCGCAGGCACCGAAAUACCCCAUUCCAUGAAGAUCAGAGCACGGCAGGAGAAAAAAAAGCAUGAAUGACAAAGAGCAGGAAAGAGAUAGGGUGAUGUGAUGAUUAUUAGAGUGGAGAAAUGAAGGAACUGGUGAGGGAUGUGUACAGGUGAGAUGGAAAACUGAAGAAGGGAGAGAAGAGCGUGAUAGAAAGGAAAACACUAUGCACAAAUAGGUACAAAGGGAGUUAAAAAAUAGUACUACCUAGGGCCCACUUUUAAAGAGUGUGAAGGAUGACUGCAUUUCAUUAUACAUGAGAAAGAGAAACGAAUCAGUGAAACAUCUGUGUGUGAGGUGUUGUGAAUGAAUGCAUUUUAAAAAUCGAGCCAUACAGUUCUAAUGAAAAUACCAUCAUGGGAUUACCAUUUAUUCCAGUUAUUCAUUUGCAUUUCAUAUUAUUUAUUAAUUACUUAAUCACGUUAUAUAUCUCUAAAUAAACUGCAUGUUUAUUUAGUUGUUUAAUGUACUAGAAAUUGUGUAUGCAACUCCUUCCCACCGACAUAUGCAAGAAGGUACCAAAGUAUCCACAAAGGAAUGUGUAAACCCAGGAAAAAUAUGUCAUUCUACUGAUUGGCUGUGGUCACAGUUGCAUUUAAAUCGACAUCAGAUCACCAGCACAACCACCCUAGCCCAAACUCAAACCCCAAAAUGUCACAAAAUUAAAAAUACAUAUUUUAUGUUCACAUGUGCAUUACACUAAAUUUUCAUAAACAUAAUCUUACCUCAAGAAUAAAUGAUGAACAUGAUGAAUCCACUCUCCUUUAACCCACAUAAUAAAAACAUAAAAACAACCCACAGCCCAAUUGACCUGGUUUUGCAGUGGAAAUUUAAAUGGGAAGACAUUGGAAACCCAGUACUCAAGCUCCUGGAUUUCACAGAAAUAAAACAUUAAAUUCUC